CAAAACUUGUGGGACUACUGUAAGAAAUCUUGUUCUUUUCCAGGUGGAAGCUACAAAUUGGAUAUUGUCAUCCCUGAAACAUAUCCGUUUAACCCACCAAAGGUAAAUUUUGUGACAAAGAUCUGGCAUCCAAAUAUAAGUUCUGUUACAGGAGCAAUAUGUCUGGACAUCUUGAAAGAUCAAUGGGCUGCAGCAAUGACACUACGUACUGUUUUACUGUCAAUACAGGCUUUGUUGUCUGCUGCAGAGCCUGAUGAUCCACAAGAUGCAGUUGUAGCAAAACAGUUUAAAGAAAACCCAGACAUUUACUGGAAAACAGCUAAGUACUGGGCAGAAGUGUACGCUGGAGGUAAGAUGCAAUAAUAUUUCAUUUAUAAAUUAUGCGCUUUCA